UAGAUUCCUCCAGUUCCAGAGAGCCUGUGGCUGAGCAUCUUGCAGACUCAGCCACUCCAUAACAGACCAUGUUUACCCUUCUGCAGUGCUGCAGCACGCUGCAGUGCCUGUAAAGGGGAAGAGAGCAAGAGGGAGCUGCCAGCUGGCUACAUCCAAGCCCUGUGCCAAGGCCUCACUGCUGGAGCUGUCUAGGAAGCCAUUUGCCCAAGCUGCCGUACUCUGGGGACAUGGGGGUAAUAUUCCCAUCUGAAGUCAGGGACAGGUACCAAAAAAAGCAAUUCAGUCACCAUGAAAGAAGGGAGGGUAGAUUGGGUUGGAGAAGUCAAAGCAUGCAAGUUCAAUGAUUUCCAAAUAUCUCAGUAAUGGCCUGAACACAAAUGUAAAGCAUUUAGGUUUUCUCUUUAAUAUUAGCUGUAAAAGACUGUGUUGCUUGAGCUGGAAAAUUAAGUUCUGUUUCCCAUGUGCCAAAGUGGAAACUUUUGAUAAUUCCAAGGCCUUUCUUAAAAAGUUGAUUCAAAAACAGGAAGUAAGUGAUGAAUAACCCUUUUUGAAAAUGCAUUCAUUUUCAAGGAAUUAGCAUUAUUUGACAAUAAAGUUUCCUGAGCAGCACCACUGAUAUAGUCACAAAUUUUAGGCCUUUUUGCAUAAACUUAUUGUCCAUCCCUUUUCACUGUAGAAGAUGUCUCUGUCAUAUGCUACCUGGUAUGAUAGGAAGUAGGAUUCUGGAGGGAGACUGUCUUUGUCUUUCAUCUACUCAUAAAGCAUGACCUGUUCUCGCGUACCUGCAAAGCAUGGGUGAUAGAAAGGAUCUGUCGCUGCUUGUGGAGGACCCCGGUUCAGAAGGGUGCUAGGAGUCCUGAAGAAUUGGGGAAAAGCAGCUGGCACUUAAUUGUGAUUGGGCUUUAUUUAUUUUUAAAUAUGGUGAGCACCCUCUGUACUCACCUUGGGUUUGAUUUCAGUACCUUGCGCUGAGGCAGUUUUGACACUUGCUCUUGCUAUGGUACUUGUGAAUGCAAAUGUCAGAUGUAAAAGCUCUUUUUUUGUCGUUGUUGAGUCUUCAUAACCCUGAGGGGGCACAGUUCCUUUACAGAGCCCACAGUUUCAAAAACAUUAGUCUUGCAAACUGAGGGUGUACAAAAAGUAAUGAUGGAAUGCAAUCCCCUAACUGCAUUUAAAAUAAAAAUAUAUUGAGUGCAGAAUAUGCAUGAUGGUUGCUUGCCAGGAUGCACUUAAUGGCCCAAGAAGUCUUGACUGCACUUCUUGAUUACAGUCAAUAAUCCAUUCAUCAUCUUAUCUAAAUGUGUCUCUCCUGUUUGACAUAUCACUAAGUUGUCCUAGGCAUAAUCUCUGAAUUAAUGCUCACGUUGUUGCUUAAUUUACUUCAUGUAAACAGCCCUGGUACUCUUUUAAGUCCUGUUUUUCCUAAAGGAAGUUUAUUAAUUACCUAGCCAGUCUCUAACCACAUUAAAGGCAUUUGUGCAAUUCUUGGAUGAUAGAUUGACCAUUCCUACUGCCAUAUGCGGUCAGUUUAGUAUUCUUCUUUAUUUUGGAGUAAUGCAAAGUUUGUGGGAAACUGGUAAUGGACAGUGCCCUUGCAAAAAUUUGUUGAAGUGUGCUCUGGUGUGGUUCUGGGGCCCUUGUGAGGUGCAUGCCUGGGAGGUAGGCUUUCAGAGCUGCCCUGGCUCUGUCAGGCACUGUGUGUGCCUUUGGAAUCAUUCCAGUGCAGCUGCUAAUUGGUGUCCUGCCCCAUGGCAUCUGCGUUCAGUACCUCAUCCUGAUACUUAAGUGCACUACAAAAGUAGAAAGCAUUUGUAUAUUUGGCCUCUCUUAUUCAUCCUCCAGAUAAGCAGACAGCAUUUUUACUGGGAAGAGAAGGGGAUGGCUUUUUUUGGUUUGUUUGUUUUUACUCAGCUUGCAUCUCUUGGGGAUCUUUAUUUUUAAAAGUUUAAUUAAGGAGAAGGAGAAAAAAGGAUGAGCACACUGUAGAAACCCAGAUAGCUGCACUGACAGGAAGUUGCAUGAAGGGUUUUAGAGCUGACCAUUAGGAAUGCUGUGAAUUGGCUGGGACUAUGAGUGCACAGUAAGGUAUAUGAUCCAUACCGCACUCCAGCUGGAGCCUGUGCUGUGCGCAGGAAUGUGCAGCAGCGCAGGAUGCCAGGGCUGUCCUGGCCAAGCCGGAGAGCCCUGCUGGCCUCCUCUCCUCUCCCCUUCCCUGCCCUUCCCCCCGCCGCCUUCCACAUUCUGAACUGAUUAAAACAGAGGAAGUAGCACGUUGAACAUUGGAUCUGGCUCGAAAAUCGAAGUUGUCUUCUCGUUCACAAGGAAUGGAUUGUUUCAGCUUGUUGUGUCACUGCUGCUGGAGAGAAGGGAAUGUUUUUUUGUCUCUGUAAUGUUUGAUACUUGAGGGAAAACAGCUGGAACUGAGCAUACUGGAUCAGAUGCAAAACGAAACGGGAUGCUGGGGAAUAUGGACUGCACUGUAUAUCUGAAAAGGUCAGAGUUUUCCCUUGGUCAGUGCUGGAGGAAUGCUCUGUCCAUCUUAAUUCGAGCCUCAAGAGCCUUAAGGAGGAGUGAAAGGAACAGGGAGGAGGAAGGGAAGAUUCUGUAGCUGUGGCAGUCUGUGAGUGAGGCAGAUGAGGUCUCCUCCUUCCUUUCCUUCCCAUCCCUUUCUUGUGCUGCUGUUUUUGAUUUUCUGGGAAGACUGGGGGGGGGAAAAGAGAAGUCGUCAGUGACAGCUUCAGUUUGGAAAAGCUGUUUAUAACCAGGUUUAAAUAGCGAGUUCUGAGAUGCCAGACAGACCAGGGACUGACUAAACCACGGAAGCAUAACUGGUAUGGUAAGAAGAACCCUGGAAAAGAGCCCUGCCUGAAACAUACUGGAAGAGGACGUGGAAGUAGUUAUUACACAAUGCAUAUGAAGAAAGACAAGGGCAGGAAUGCAUUUCGGUGCCUAGGAUCUUACGUUGCACAGAUUUAGAAAUCAAAAUGUCAAGAGAACAAUCCGAUGAUGAAACAGAGGAGUCGGUGAAGUUUAAGAGGUUGCACAAGCUGGUGAAUUCUACUCGCAGAGUCAGGAAGAAACUCGUAAGAGUUGAAGAAAUGAAAAAACCCAGCACAGAAGGUGUGGAAGAGCACUCGCUUGACAACUCUCCUAUACUGGAUGACAGAUCAGCACUUUACUCUGGAGUUCACAAGAAGCAAUUCUACUUUGACAGCUCCUGUGAAAAGCAGCCGGAGGACGACUCGGACUCACUUACUACUUCUCCCUCAUCCAGCAGUCUUGAUAUGUGGGGAGCUAACCGGAAGCUGGUGAAGACCUUCAGCAAAACUGAUAGCCGUGGCCUUAUCAAGCCUCCCAAGAAACUUGGGACAUUUUUCUCUUACCCAGAAGAGGAGAAGUCCCAGAAAGUUUGCCGCUCCUUGACAGAUGGGGAAAUGAAGAAGAGCCUUGGCUCACUGAGCCAUGGGGUAAGUACAGAAAGCAUUUGCUUUUAUGACAGCAACAGGCACAAGCACCAUCUUCUGGUGUCCCUGGAGGAGAUUCAGAGUGUAAGGAAGCAGAUCCGAUUGAAGAAAAUGGAUACUAACUAUUCCUGUUCCAGAGCUUUUCUUUGCCAGCGCCCUGCUAGGAAAGGAGCAUCCCCCACAGCUUGCGACCUACAAUUACUGCGGCACAAAACGAAAGGGGGUGGAGGUUGUGGCUUCCCAAACAGAAGGCUACGAGGGCGCACCUCUGUCAGCGAGUUCAAUAUCACCUAUGUGGUGGAGAGAAGCCUGUACAGUCACCUCAACCUCUCACAGCUGGUGCGUCCCGUUACUGACAGGACCCUGAGCAAGGCCGACAAGCAGGACCUGAGGAGAUGCCUGCUGGAGGAGGAUGAGGAGGCCAAGAGGAAGUGGGCUGCCACAGUGGAUCGCUGUACUAAAAGGGUUCUCUUGAGAAUCCACCAAAAGUCUAGAACCUGUAGCUUUGGAGGCUUUGAUUUGACAAAUCGUUCCCUUCAUAUUGGAAACAGUUCUGACCAAAUGGGCAAAGAAGGAGACUUUGUUUAUAAAGAAGUGGUCAAAUCACCUUCUGCCUCGCGUAUAUCUCUGGGCAAAAAGGUGAAGUCUGUAAAAGAAACCAUGAAGAAAAGGAUGUCAAAAAAAUACAGCAGCUCUUUGUCUGAGCAGGAGUCCAGCCCUGGGAUCGUGCCGGGUUCCCCACAGUCGCCACCACCAGACACUGACUCCCUGGACAAACCCAAGCUGAAAGCUGGUGGCUCAGUGGAGAGCCUGAGGAGUUCCUUAAGCGGUCAGAGCUCAAUGAGUGGUCAGACAGUGAGUACAACAGAUUCCUCAACCAGCAACAGGGAGAGUGUGAAAUCAGAAGAUGGUGAUGAUGAAGAGCCUCCUUACAGAGGACCUUUCUGUGGAAGAGCCAGGGUUCACACUGAUUUUACUCCGAGUCCUUAUGAUACAGAUUCUCUGAAGCUCAAGAAAGGUGACAUCAUUGAUAUAAUCAGCAAACCCCCCAUGGGCACUUGGAUGGGUCUGUUGAACAACAAAGUUGGCACCUUCAAAUUUAUCUAUGUGGAUGUGUUAAAUGAAGAAGAAGAGAAGCCGAAGCGGCCCACCAGGAGACGUAGAAAAAGUAGACCACCCCAGCCCAAGUCUGUUGAGGAUCUUUUGGAUCGCAUCAAUUUGAAGGAGCACAUGCCCACUUUUCUGUUCAAUGGCUAUGAAGAUCUGGAUACCUUUAAGCUUUUAGAAGAAGAAGAUUUGGAUGAACUGAACAUCCGAGAUCCAGAGCACAGAGCUGUUCUCCUCACAGCAGUGGAACUUCUUCAGGAAUAUGAUAGUAACAGCGACCAGUCAGGAUCUCAGGAGAAACUUCUCAUUGAAGGCCAAGGCCUAAGCGGAUGCUCUCCUCGGGAUUCUGGCUGCUAUGAAAGCAGUGAAAACCUGGAGAAUGGUAAAACUCGAAGGACCUGUCUUCCACCCUCAAAAUCAGCAAUUGAGCAUAGCUUUAGGGAUUUCAGCAGAAACCAGCUAUCAAAUUAUCCCACGCUUCCACUGACCAAGUCAAUAGAAACUCUGCAGCCAGGGGAAAAAGAAAGCCGGCUGGGUUGUGGACACCAUGCUCUGAAGAGCUCUGUCAAGCCUCUGGCUGUCAUGGCUCUGAAGAAGAACCGCAGAAGUUUACCAGUUGCUGUGUGUCGAAGCUAUGAAACUCUGGAUGGCCCCCAGGGUGUAGAUACAUGGCCAAGAUCUCACUCACUGGAUGAUCUCCAGGGAGAACGCAAUACUAACUUACAGGGCGCUAACAAGAAAGUAGAUUCUUUUCCUCAGGAUUCACUGGAUGUAGCUAAAAAGGCAGUUGGCUCUGCCUUACCGCCUCAGUGUCAUGGAGGCAGCUGUAAGGUAGAUGAUGUCAUGGCUAAGCAGGGCAAAGGAGCUGCUAAUUCUCAGAAGGGAAGAGCUAAGGAAUUGAACUGCUCUGUAAUGGAGACUGCAGGUGGAAAGCCUGCGCCAUUCCCCCUGAAAAACUGUGAAGCUCAGCCUGCCUUAGUGAUGCAUCAUGCAACAAGGACACCUCUGGAAAUACAGAGUAAAGAUUUUCAUGACCUUGCACGGGCUGAUUAUGCUCCAGUCCUCAAGGGAGGUCUAGAAGGUGAGCAAAAAAGCACAAAUGAGGCAAGAAUGCAACCAAAAAAUCCUUCUCAGCCACCACCUGUCCCUGCCAAAAAAUGCCGAGAACGCCUUUCUAAUGGAUUAUAUCAUCCUCCCACGACCACAAGUGGAAACCACUCAAGUUUAGAAGCACCAUGUUUGCCAGUAAAAAAGACCAGUUCAUCCAUUCCCAUUGAUUGUCAUGGAGUACCUAUCAAUAGGACAUCUUCUGAACUGGAGCCCAGUAGCCCUCCUAGCCCACUACCACCCUGGCUGUCAGAGCUCCCAGAGACUGCUAGUGUUCAGCAGCAUGUGGUAAAGCUUGGUCCUGCAUCAGCAAGGAAAGUCUCUUGCAGCAGAGGAAUGGACCUGGAAAUGGUGAUAGAAAACAAGCUGCAAGCUGAAGACAUUGAUCUUACUGAAGAACCGUACUCAGACAAGCAUGGUCGCUGUGGCAUUCCUGAGGCUUUGGUACAGAGGUACUCUGAAGACUUAGAGCAGCCUGAAAAGGACGUGGCUACAAACAUGGACCAAAUCCGGGUAAAGCAGCUGAGGAAGCAGCAUCGCAUGGCAAUUCCAAGUGGAGGACUCACAGAAAUUUGCCGUAAACCUGUAUCCCCAGGACUCAUCACCUCUGUAUCUGACUGGCUGAUUUCCAUUGGUCUGCCUAUGUAUUCCAGCCUGUUCACAGAAGCAGGAUUCAACACACUGAGCAAAGUGCCUUCUCUGUCAAAAACUUUCCUUCAAAAAGCUGGCAUCACAGAGGAAAGGCACAUAAGCAAGCUCCUGGCAGCAGCAAGACUCUUCAAACCUCUUGAUCCAGAGGCAAUUUAACAUGCUCCAUAGUGUGACAUUGCCUGGUCGAGAAUCUACUGCUUCUUCCUGCAUCAGUAUCACUAAUUACUUCAUGUAGCUAAAGGGAUCAAGGAAGUGGCUCCCCAAGACAGGCAAAUAUCUUCUUCAAAGGAUAUGAAAGUCUUUGGCCACUGAAGAAGAGAGGCAACCACCACGUAACAUAGAUGUGGUACUUCCCUCCCCCCUCACUCCCAUCUGAAGUAUUCCUAUUUCAUAAACUGCACAGGGUUGGCCUGAGAAUCAGACAGCUUCACAGAAUUAAGGGACCCUUGCACAUUUUCCACGAGUUUAUGAUAGUGAUACUAGUAACAGGUCUUUUGUACAUCUAGGUUCCAGAUACCUGAAAUCAGUCCUAAAGACCAGGUACAAAUCAAGGUGCACAUUCCAGUAGAAGCCAUUUGGCAAAUGUCUUGUUUAUUUCGGCAGUCUAGAGCUAAACACAGAGCCCUCCCUAGUCAUCUUUGCUGUUGCUUGGUGUAGGUCCCAGUUGCCACAAAGCCUUUAGCUAGGCUGAAGUUGAUGCCUGGAAUUAGUUUUCAGUGUGGUCCAUCUCUGCCACUUCAAUGCAACUAACCCACAGAGAGUCAGAAAGCUUCUUUUUAUUUGUACAGAGCUGCGGUCAUUUUUAUAACUGCUUUCUAGCAAUCAGCUUUUUAUUUGCCUUAAAAUAAGCUUUUAAGCAGUUACCUAGUGUUCACUUUACCUGUUUUCACAUUUCCCAAGCCUUGUUUCAACCUGUCACAUUUAAGUUGCAUUUAGAGUGACUUCCAGCUGAAGUAGCUUCUAUAAAAUGCCUCAUCAUAACAUCUCCUGUGUUGCAGAGGUGCUUUUACAAAUGCAGGGUUAUGCUAGGUUUCGGUUGUCAGGUUAACUCCUUGUUCACUACAGUUUGCAUUUACUGUUGUUACUAAACUUUCCAAGAUAUACGGCUUUGUAUAUAUGUAACUGCUUUUCAUUUUAAUCAUAUUCUGUGUACUGUGUUAUAUUGUCAAUCAUUUUGCUGCAGCUUUGACUUGGUAUCCUGACCAUAUUGAUUCCAAACAGUGGGUUUCUGCAAAUGAAAAUUCACUUGCAUUGAAAAAACAAAUUGUGUCCCAUAGAAAUCAUUAGACCCAGUAAUUCCAUUGCAGGGCCAAGAAAAUUCCUAGAUAGUCUUGUGAAUAACACUGUGAUUUUUAGAACAGUUAAUAUCCCUCACCACUGCAUUAAUAUUACUUCUCACUGGAAAACAGCAUUGUUCUGGCAAAUGUGAUGAACCAUUAUUCAUGAUGCAAUGAUAUUUUUCUGCCUAACUCCAUGUGAAACAUUCCAGUUGCAUAUGUGACUAAUGACAGAUUUUAUUUUUCUAUAUUGGGUACAUGUUUUACAUACCAAAUACAAAUUAUCAUGAAUAGCAUAUAACCAGCUUUUUCUUUGGAGUCUAAAUGUGGUGUAUCCUUCAGCUUUGUGUAGGGCAAAUGCUGUGUGGAAGACAGAUCAAGCUUAGUCUGGCAGGUAAAGGGAGAUAGAAUAGAAAUCUGGGCACAGGCCAGGAUGUGUGGCUGUUUCGAGUUCUGACAUCAAUUUACUGUAUAAAACCAGACAGGGCACUUCACUGUUUGGUGCCCCAAUUACCCCGUCUCAUACUGAGCUAAUGACUUCUGAUAAAAUGCUGUCAGACGAAUGAAUGAAAGAUUCUGGUUACUCCAUGACUCCUUACUAUAUCUGGCCCUUUCACGGUCAUGUUUUAUGUGGAUGCACAUGCAUUUUACUGCAGAUGAUAUCUAAUUUGCCUUAUGGUAGAAUUGGUAGCUGUUAGUAUUAUUUCCUACAUUUUGUAUUUCACCAGUGUCUCCCACACACCAUCAUAUGAAGACAGCUAAGUCACUGAUGCAACUUGAAAUUUUUCUCAAGCAAAGCUCUUUAAUAUUCUCUUUGUUGUCUGAUAAGCAGCAUAUUCUGAUACGACAGAAACAGGAGAGAUACAGCAGACAUGCUGUGUACAGCUGGUGAAAAUCUGUGCAGUGUCGCCUCAAGUCCUGUGUGCAGUUUUGGGCAUGAGAAUAUAAAAAUUACAUUAAGCUAUUGGGGAGCAUCCAAAGGAGGGCCAGGAGGAUGGUGAAGGGUCUGGAGAGGAAGCUUUGUGAGGAGCAGCUGAGUCUGUUCAGCCUGGAGGAAACUGAGUGGAGACCUCAUUGCACAUCCUCACAACAGGAAACAGCGGGGUAUGGAUCUCUUCACUCUGGUGCCCAGGGACAGGACCCAAGGGAACAGCCUGAAGCUGAAUCAGGGGAGGUUUAGGUUGGCUAUCAGGAAAAGCUUAACCACUCAGAGGGUGGUUGGGCACUGGAACAGGCUCCCCAGGGAAGUGGUCACUGCUCCAAGCCUGUUCAAAUGAUGUUUGGACAACGCUGUCAGGUACACGAUGUGACUAUGGGGGAUGGUGCUGUGCAGGACCAGGAGUCGAACUCAAUGGGUCCCCUUUUGUAGCUCAGUAUGGUUGUAAAAAAAAAAAAAAAAAAGAAAAAAAAAUUAAAAUUAAGUGGUUUUUAAUAAUUAUUAUUUUUGUCUUGUUCCUCUCUGAGGCCUACAUGGUGACUAUUAGUAAGCAGAAGUUGGAAAGAGUAUUGAGACUUCCUGGGAUUCCUAACAGGGACCAGAACAGAGUAGAAGUUAAGUGGACAGCAGUUACAUUGGAGCAAGGGAAAAAUCCAAGCUGACUAUAGCAAUAAAAAAGGAAACAAAUUUCCUUGUGUUGCAGGGAAGACAAGUCAUGUAAUAAAGCUCUCCCAUAUUAAUCACUUCCCCCUCUCUUAAUAACAGAAGGAGAAUUAUGGGAACAAGAUGAACCUGUUUGCCAAACUCUCUUUGUAAAUCCAUUCUUUUUAAGUGAUUAUGUGACCCAGGGAAACCAAAUCACACCCAUCAGGACUGGAGUGAGCAGUUUGAGAUUUAUGAGUUUUAAUAUUUGUUUUGUUUUCUUUUAUAGACUGUGCUUUGUAAUCUUACUUGAAUUACAAUUCUAGUUUAUGUUCUAGUAAAAAAAAAAAAAGCCUUAAGCUUCUCAGUGUUUGAGCUUCCCUGCUGUGGUUUCAGUGACCUGUGGCAUUCCCCAAGCAGGUGAGGUGGUGCAUUGCAAGAGCCAUAACCUCUUGCAUCUUCUUGCAACCUUCAGUGCUCUAAGCAAAAGUUCACUCAUUAACUCUUGGAAAGCACAGAAGAAACCUGCUGCUGGAAUCCUCCUCUGCUCUGCUCAGGCUCAUCUUGUUAAGUAUCUAUCUAUUGUAUCUUAGUAACUCAAACAGCUAUUUAACCAUAGAAGCAGCAAGCCCAAAAUAUUACCAAAUGCCAUCAUAAUCAUAUGCUUUGAUCAAUAACCUGCUAUUGCUGCCCAGGUGGCAAUUCCCUGUGCUCUUCUAUGAGCCUGGCUGUGGAUGCAGACUGGGAGCAUGAUCAGAAGCAUUAAACAUUGCAUUAUUCAAAUAGGUCAUCAUGUCUAAGAGCAGCAAUAGUGGUCGAUUCACCAAGUCAUAGCUGUGCAGUUGUACUGUAUUAUUUUUAGAAUAAAUAAUACUUUCAGUCCAAGAUACUUUUAGCAUUAAUUGACACCCUUUGGGGAAUCAAAACUGUCAAGCAAGUUAUGUAACAACUAACAAAGUUGCACUUUCUGUAUAUGAAAUCAAUAUUUAAAUAACUUAUUUUUCUCCAUUUGCUGUUCUUAAAUGAUGUAAGUAGCUGUAAUAUACCAGUACUCAAUAUGUCCUGCAGUUUGCUUCAACCCAAGAAAGCUGUGUAUUGUAAAGAAAAAGGAAAAAACAAAAACAAAAAAAAAACCAAAAAAUAUGAAUGUGUAAAGAUUAUUGUGCUGUUUCAUUUAGCAAAAAAAAAAAAAAAAAAGGUUGACAAAAGGGUUUUCCUGUGUAUCAAAACUUGUCUAUAAUUAUGUCAUAUUGUUCAUAGAUAAAAAGUAAAUAAAUUUC